AACACCAAGAGCUGAGAGAAACCAUCUGAUUAGAGCUGCUCCCCUCAGGAGCACGGUAGGACCACACCUUCCACAGGAGGAAGGUGGCAGCUGGUUCCAAGGCGACAGCCAGAGUGCCAGAGGCGAAAGCCAUGUCCACCACCACAUACCAAGUGGUGGGCUUCCUUUUGUCCAUCCUGGGUCUUGUGGGCUGCAUUGCUGCCACGGGGAUGGACACGUGGAGCACCCAAGACCUGUAUGACAACCCUGUCACCUCCGUGUUCCAGUAUGAAGGGCUCUGGCAGAGCUGCGUGAGGCAGAGCUCAGGGUUCACCGAAUGCCGGCCCUACUUCACCAUCUUGGGCCUUCCAGCCAUGCUGCAGGCGGUGCGAGCCCUGAUGAUUGUGGGCAUCAUCCUGGGUGCCAUCAGCCUCCUAGUAUCCAUCUUUGCCCUGAAGUGCAUCCGCAUUGGCAGCAUGGAGGACUCCGCCAAAGCCAAAAUGACACUGACCUCUGGAGUCAUGUUUAUUAUCGCAGGUCUCUGUGCAAUCGCUGGAGUGUCUGUGUUUGCCAACAUGCUGGUUACUAACUUCUGGAUGUCUACAGCUAACAUGUACACCGGCCUCGGGGGGAUGGUGCAGACUGUUCAAACCAGGUACACCUUUGGAUCGGCCCUGUUCGUGGGCUGGGUCGCUGGAGGCCUCACACUCAUUGGGGGCGUGAUGAUGUGUAUCGCCUGCAGGGGCCUGGUACCCGAAGAAAGCAACUACAAAACUGUGUCUUAUCAUGCCUCAGGCCACAAUGUCGCCUACAGGACCGGCGGCUUCAAGGCUAGCACUGGCUUUGGGCCCAGCACCAAAAACAAGAAGAUAUAUGAAGGGGGUGCCCACACAGAGGAUGAGGGACAAUCUCAACCCUCCAAGUAUGACUAUGUGUAGCACUCCAAGACACCUCGGCAUGGGCAGAAGAAAACCCCAAUUAGAGCUCACCCCAAAACAAAGAACAUUUUACCUUGAUCCCUGAUUGUUUUUGACUCUCCGAUGAAGUUAGGAAAGCCUUCAUUACACCUGCAGUGAGGCCAGAUGGUUUAGCCAAAUGGCUCUGCCUCUAAAUGUUCCAUCACAAAACAGCUGAGCUAUCAGAUAUGAUGUAGACUAAGGUUAUAGCUUACAUUUUGUGAUCCUCUGUUUCUCUUUUCUUAAUAUAACCUUCCUAAUCUGAUGAUAGAAUGUGGUUUGAAUUCCUAUCAGACACUUGAAUGAUUUAGAUAGACUCUCCGUCCUCCUCCUAGCCAAUAUCUCAUUGAUUCUGUAUUUCUCAACUCAUCCCCCAGAACAAAUCUGAAAGGGAAAAAAGAAAGUCUGUCAAAAAACAUCAUUCCCUGCUGUUUGAUUUUUGCCCCCUCACACCCCAAUUUGGCUACUAAUAAACACUGAUUGAAGAGGUGAGAGGGGGGAAUUAUUUGUAAUGUCUCUAGCUCAUUAUCCAAGUUUUCUUAGGCUGUGAUCUUAAGUGUUACCUGGACCAAAGUGUUUCAGGUUGAGGAAACCAGACUUUCCAUAUUUUUGCAGGGGGGUUGGGAGCAUCUGCUAAUUCCAGCAAGACUCUCCCAAAGGUUUCCUGAGCUCUCCACUAUGGGUCCCCGUUUUGUCACAGGCCAGAAAGUAUCCCUAGAAGAAUGAGAAGAUGAUUUUUUGGUACUCUAAAUAUAUUUUGUAUUCUCCAUAGAGUUAGAAUAAAUAAUGUCUUAGUAAAAUGAUACACUGUCUCUGUGAAUUUGCCUCAUUCCUAUAUAUAGAUAGAAGAAAAUGAAAAACUAAUUGCUUUGAUGUUGUCUAUAUUUUCCAGUGUAAAAAAUCAUACUUAAGUCCAAAUUUCAUAAAAUGCUCAUUGGUCAUAAUUCCCUUUGAAGUCUCCAGGACUUGGAUUAUAAUGAUAGAGUCAGUGUAACCCAUGUAAAAAACAAAUAAUGGAACACAACAGGUCCUUGGAAGUGAUGUGAAACUAGUUAUUUUUUUUGAAAAGUGAUGAGCCUGAACUCAGUGUUAGGUAUCCAAGUGCUACAUGUCCACACUCUCAGGGCUACAGGCCACUGCCAGCUGACAGCAGACAUACUUGGCACUGUUGUGAGCUCUGUUACUCUGAGAGCAGUUCUCGUCACUGAAUUCACCUGGAGUGGUUAGACCACUGAGUGUUUAAGAACCGAAAGCUCUCUGCAGCCACGCACCUUCCCUGUGUUUACAUCACUGCUGCAGCAAGGAUCCCAUCCCAGCACCAGAGCCACAAUAGGCCCUCCAGGAAACUGAGGUAUUUGGGGGAUGGGAGGAGGGAUCUGACCAUUGAAUUAUUAUUGUUUGGCAGGGGGAAACAUCCUCACACCAAUAGAUCAUGUAAAAGUGACCUCCAAGGAGCUGCAUGAAUAUUCAUAGGAAUCUUAAGGCUGGACAGACUAUACCUGGGGAAAGGUCAGCUCAUGGCCCAUUAAACAGAAAGGAAUUGUGUUCACCGACAGAGAAAACAGUAAACUCAGAGACCCUUCUCACUAAGACAGCAAUGGUUUUAGGCCCAAUCAAAGAGAGUACACAUGGAACUCACUGUCAAAGAUGGGGUAAUGAAGAACACUAAAAUGAUUCAAAAAGAAAAGUUGGGGUGGGAGGAGAGGAAGCUGAACAUUCUAGGGCAUAGAGAUUGUUAAGGGUCCUCAACAUUUGAGUUGAAGGCCUGGAGGCACAGUGAUCUCUUUCCCUCCCACCACCAGAAAGUCCCUGGUCAGGCCUGAGGCACUGAGAUGUGGCUCAGUUGAGUUUUUAAUGAGCACAUUCUCCAUCCAACACUUAAUUAUUUAAAAGUCUCCAUGUAGUUAGAUUGUGCUUUGUAAUUAUUUUUUGUUUGUUUCUCUUAUUGUAUAUGCAUUGAGUAAUGGCCUGCAUGCUUUUGUUACUUAAACAUUAAAAACGCUUAUGUCACAUUU